CGGGACUUGUAGUUGAGCCGGAGUUUCCGCAGUUGAAGGCAGAGUGGGGCGCGGGAUGGAGCUGGACGGGCUGCUGCUGGAGGCGGAGGAGAGCAUGGCGGCGGCGCGGAACUACAAGGCCGAGCUGAAGCAGAGGCUGCUGGGACUGAGCCAGGCCAGGAGGCAGAUUACGGGCAGCGCGGUGCAGACCCGCGACGCUCUGCAGCAGCAUUUCCAGGAUAUGAAGAGCGCGGUUUCCAAGAUGCUGGACGAUCGGCUGCUCGCGCUGCUGCAGCAGGUGGACGCCAUUGAGCGCGAGAACAUCAAACCGCUGGACGACUGCCAGAAGCUGCUGGAGCUGGGGGUCAACACGGCGGACGGGCUGCUGCGAGAAGGAGAGGUCGCCCUGUCCUGUAAUGGUGGAGACGGCCAGGACUUGUGUAACUUCACCAACAAGGCUCUGCACAUCCAGCUGGACAGCCUCCCGGAAGUCCCCUCGCUGGUGGAGGUCCCCUGCCUCUCGGCUCAGCUGGACGACGCCUUCCUGUCGGUGGCCAGAGACCACAUCUCCCAGCAUGGGGCGGUAGCCUCCAGACCCCCGGUGCAGAUCGAGGAGCUGGUGGAGAGACCCGGCGGGAUCCUGGUGAGAUGGUGCAAGGUGGACGAGGACUUUGUGGCUCAGGAUUUUCGACUUCAGUUCCGGAAGAAUUCCUCCGGUCACUUCGAGGACGCCUACGUGGGCAUCGAGUGUGAGUUCAUUGUGCUUCACAUCGACCCCCACAUCGACUAUCAGUUCAGGGUCUGCGCCCGGGGCGAUGGUCGUCAGGAGUGGAGUCCAUGGAGCGUGCCGCAGCUGGGUCACACCUCCCUGAUCCCACACGAGUGGAGCCCGGGACUGGACGGUUACAGCCUGAGCAGCCGCCGCAACAUCGCCCUGCGCAACGACGCACCACAGCAUGGCCUCCUCUACUCCAAAGCUGCCACCUACCACCCAGGUCAGACGCUGACUUUCAGGGUGGAGAGCAGCGGUGCCCCAGACCAGAGGGACAGCAUUGGAGUCUGUGUGGAGAAGGUGGACGGACUGGACUCCUUGCAGAGGGAUCGGGCCGUGUGUAUCAGCUCCAGUGGUGCAGUCUAUGUGAACGGUAAGGAGAUGACCAAUCAGCUGCCGCCCGUCUCCUCAGGAUCCACCAUCACCUUUGACAUGGAGCUGGUCAGCCUGGGAGCCAACAAUGAGGGGCCACUCCAUAGGCGCAGAGUUACAAUUGGCUCUGGAAAUCGGGAGGUCGUCUUUGAUUGGCUGUUGGAGCAGUCAUGUGACUCUCUUUAUUUUGGAUGCUCAUUUUUCCACCCGGGCUGGAAGGUUCUGGUGUUCUAGUUGUCAGUGCAGGAUGGGUACUGACCAGGGCAGAGGACUCCCCCACAGGGUUAGUUGCAAUUAUUCUACACUGCAGUGAUCCCUGGCCCCGCCCCCAUAGACAUGAGCGAAUCACAGCCCUUUCCUUCCUCCCUGCUUCUACAGUCCUGUGCUCACAGCAGCCUCAGCACAGGCUCCUCAGGUAGACAAUGCCGAUGGUUCGCUUCUGUGUAACGGUCAAAGACUGCCGCCAUCUUCCAAUGAUCGGGGAUCAGCGGUGGUCCACUGCUUCUCAUUACCUCCAGUAUUAUCGGGUGUUGGGGUGCCCCCUCUCGGUGCACCUCCAGACUGCAGCUCAGGGCUUAUUUUUUUUAAUGAAAUUUUUGUAUUUUUAUAGACGCGGCUUUAGCUUCUGUAUUUCCUUGUGGAGCUGCUGCCCAUACGGUAUAAACCUUACUCCACAGCUGUCCGAUGGGGGCAGUAGUCUUACCUGGAUGGAGCUCCAGCCACCCCUAGUGGUGGAUGGCACAGGGGAGAUGGUUUUUGUGACCCCAGGGCUUUUCUUCAGAGCAGACUGUUUUUAUUACCAAGAUGAAUAAAGAUUUUAAUUUUUGACUGUG